CUGGCUCUUAAUAACACUUUUGGGAGCCACAUGAUCAUGACUAAGAAGAAGUGAAGAAAACGAGAGAAACGGCCAGCCCCUCCGAAGAUUUCCUGUUUAAAGACUCCGUCUUCCCCGAGUCAGACGCACGUCCAGCCUGUCGCGUUCACUCCACCGCUCAGAGCGCGUUUAGAGCAACAGGCGGAGGACCGGAGCACGAACCGUUCCGAGACAUUCAGCGCUGUCUGGGCUUCAAGGCAAAUUCAUGAGACAAACGAGUGGACAGCCCGAUUCUCCAUGGAUUUACUGCGCUUUUCCGCUUUUUGGUGCGGGACGAUACUUUUUAGUUGUUUUCUGUUCGGGCAAAGCGAGGGCACCAUGCUGAAGAUCAAGCGUCUGUGUAAGUUCUGUGAUGUGCAGCAGACGCGGUGUCAGGGCAAAGGCAGCUGUAAAGUGGACUGUAACAUCACCUCCAUCUGCCCCAAUGACAGCGACGUCUGUGUCACCAUCUGGAGGAAGAAAGAGGACAAUGUGACCUUUGACACGAUAUGUCAUAACCCAGAGCUGAGGCUUCACGGGCUGCGUCUGGACGAUUAUAACAACAGUAAAUGUGAGAUGAGAGAGAGGAGCGGACAGGGCUCGCUCUUCUACAUCUGCUCCUGCUCCGAGGACGAGUGCAAUGAGCAUAUCUUCUUCAACAGCAGUGAGUACCAGUGCUGUUAUGUGUACUCCCCGGUGGUGGCUGUAGUCCUGGUCAGCCUGGUCCCUCUCCUGGUCAUGGCCGUCUUUGUCAUCACCUCCUUUUACUUUUACCGAGUUUACCGCCAACGCAGGGCCAACUCCCGUCGCAAAAAAGGAGCCCCUCUGGACAGCGACGCCCACGCCAUCAUGAUCGACGACGAAGGAUCUGACAGCAGCUCCGCCCACGCCAACAACCUCAACCAUAACACCGAACUUCUCCCGAUUGCGCUGGAUGCCCUGGUUGGAAAAGGACGAUUUGCAGAAGUGUACAGAGCCAAGCUAAAGCAAGGUUCAGUGAGUGAGGAGCAAGGAUUCGAAACUGUUGCUGUCAAAAUAUUUCCUUACGAGGAGUAUGCAUCGUGGAAAAACGAAAAAGACGUAUUUUCAGAUGCAGAUUUGCGUCAUGAAAACGUGUUACAUUUUCUGACAGCGGAAGAGAGGAAAGUGCAAAGACAGUACUGGAUCAUAACCGCCUAUCACGCCAAAGGGAAUCUCCAGGACUUUUUGACACAUCAUGUGAUCAGCUGGCACGAUCUUUGGCUUUUGGGGGGAUCUUUAGCGCAAGGAGUGGCCCAUCUCCAUAGCGACCAUACGAGCUGUGGGCGUAACAAGAUCGCCAUCGCCCACCGGGACAUUAAGAGCUCCAACAUCCUGGUGAAAAGUGACCUGAACUGCUGCCUGUGUGACUUUGGCCUGGCUCUGAGACUGGACAGCUCUCUGUCUGUGGAUGAACUGGCCAACAGUGGACAGGUGGGGACAGCGCGGUACAUGGCUCCAGAGGUGCUCGAGUCCAGGAUCAACUUAGAAAACAUUGAGUCUUUUAAACAGGCCGACGUGUACUCCAUGGCCCUGGUGCUGUGGGAGCUCACCUCCAGGUGCAGUGCCAUCGGAGAGGUGAAGGAGUAUGAGCCCCCCUUUGGGAUCCUGCGCGAGCACCCGUGUGUGGAGAGUAUGAAGGACAGUGUGGUCAGAGACAGAGGACGCCCUGAUAUACCAAACUCAUGGACCAACCACACUGGCAUUCAGCUCAUCUGCUCCUCCAUCCAGGACUGUUGGGACCACGACCCAGAGGCACGGCUCACGGCUCACUGUGUCUCAGAACGGUUCAGCGAAAUGGAAUACCUGGACAAACUCUCCGAGCGCUCCAUUUCAGAAGAGAAGAUCCCUGAGGAGAUCUGUGUGGGAGACCUCAAGUAGAAAUACCGCCACCUACAGGACAGGGACGGGACCGGUGUUUUUACUGGGAGAUUUUAGUACAGACUGAAGAAUGGGACCAAAGUUUUCUUAUGCAACAUUUCAGUCAUUUCAGCAUUCAGGGUGUACACCUUAUAAUAAAGCUUUUCAACUAAGCACUUUAUUCACAGUCCUACAUCAAGGAAUUAGAAAAUACAGUUUUAUAAAGUUGUAGAAAAGCAACUUCAGUGUGUUUCAGCAGUUUAAAAGUGCACUGUGUAACUUUUCUGGUUGAGCAUCUACCACCUGCUUGUCUCCAUGGAGAUUUUAUAGUUUAUCUUGAAUGUCCCAGUGUGGCAUUAAACGUAUCCACCUUGCACUUACUUUUAUUUACCGUUAAAACUUGCAUUAGCUUGCUCUGAGUGGACUCACCCCUCCACAGAUAUGACGCAUAACUUUGACCCUGUUCUGUCUCCAAAUACAGAUACAUAAGCGUAAUGCCAUGUUGUGGAACAUUCCAGGCGAUAUCUCCAUGGAAACAAGCAGAUGACGAACCCUCCACUAGAAAAAGUACACAGUUCACCUUUAAUGCAAAAAUAAUUAGAUCCCUAUUUCCAGAUUAUAUUUUGAGGAUUAGUAUUUAUUGUGUACUGUUUUUUUGCGAUUGUGGAGAGAUUUGUCAUAAUUUUGUUUUAAUAGAGUAACAUUUGAGCUGUAAAAGGGUAAAUAAGUUACUUUUAUGGAUAAUUAUUGGUAUAUUCUGUUAUUUAUUUGGUGCAGCUCAGGCCUUUUAAUGAUACAGUAUAUUUAAAAAAGGGUGUCUGGGAUUAUCUUGUAUUAUUGUUAUUGUGAUAAAAAAAAAAGUUAUUGUGACAGACCUAGAAGAAACAUAUGGCUUGUUUCCAUUGGUUGAUUGGCAUUUUUUAAAUUCUUUUUUAAAGAUGCAUCACAAACCACAAACAGACAAAGUGUGCAUUUAGUUCCAAGCUCUCAAAAACUACAGGGAUUAUUAUGGAUAAAACUUUAUUAUUAGAUAUGGACAGCACACACUGGUCUCAUUCACAAUAUUUCAGCCAGGUACCCCAGUUUUUGAAGUUCUUAACGUUUUUGAGACAUACAUUUCUAUAUUUAGAGUUCCUAUAUAAUGCAAAAUUGACUCUUGUGAGCUUUAAGCCGUGUUAUAAUGUUAUUUACCUCUCAAAAACAUACCUGGAGUUGUGUUUUGUUUCAUUCAGAUGUUUGAGUAACAGUUACCUCUUCAGUAGAGAUCGGCAAUUCCAGGUCUCAAAUCAUCCAAAUGAAUCUAGCGAAGGUGAAUGGAGUUUAAAAACACAGUGGAGCAGUGCAGCAUUUGUGUGUUAAACAAGUGUGAAUGAAACAAAACACAAUCUGAGUCUGUUUGCGAUGAGGAGACAACAUUAUAACAUAGAAAAUAGCGUAAUAUUGGCCCUUAAAGCAACUAUUCAAAAUAAAUAUGAAACUAACUACUGAAAUAAUCACCUUUUUCUGCAGUAUUCAGCAUUUUUUGAUGUAGGACUUAAUAUCUAUGCACACCAAAUAUAAUAUAUAUCUGUAUUAUGUGCCUUUUAUUCUUUCAUUCAGGUAAUUACUUUUUAUGUAGGAAACUGUAAAUAUGAUUAUAAAAGACACUAAUAUUUUUGUGUAUUCAAACAAGUUUGUGUAUUGCUUUCCGGAUUUUGCAGCAGAAGCAGUGACCUUGGUUCAUUGCAAGUAAAUCUGAAAUGAGAGAUCGACCAGGGAUUCAAUGGUGCAAUUUCCGAAAAACUCACCAGAAGGAAAGACUGAAUUGAAUGAGUGAGUCAGUGUUGUGGAUACAGACAGAUGGGCUAAUCGCCACAGCAGCUUCACAAAGGGACAAAUGGAACACAGGACUCGGGACUCUUAACUGGAAGUCACAGUUCAAUGCCAAAUACAACCAAAGAUUUACGGACAUUUUUAUAUUGUGUAAUUAAAUGCUCAGUGUUGUAAAUAAAGUGUUUACUAUUGUGGAAAUAA